GUCUUCAAGAAGAGGCGUACUUCUCAGCAGCAGGUUGCAGCUGCAGAUGUUGUGGAGGUGAUGAGUGGACCAUCACCUGUGACCAUUGAAGACUGUCCCCCUCUGCACAGCUCCCCAGACCUCAUCCAAAGUAAGGUCGCUGCUAAUGUUGAUACUUUGUCGGUAACGUUUGAUGCUGGGUCUGUUAGUUCAGGUGAAGAGGAGAUCAUAGUGGUCUCUGAUACAGACAGUGAGGGUUCCAUUUCUUUUGGGUGGACUGAUACUUUGCCAUUACCGGAAGGUUCAGGGUCUGUUGGGGCAUGUGUAGAUGAGGUCACAGUGAUCUCUGAUACAGACAGUGAGGGUUCCAUUUCUUUUGGGUGCUUUGAUACUGUGCCGCGAAGUUUUGGGGUGCGUUCUGUGAGGGGAUCCUUUCAUCAGGGGGAUCAGCGUUUUAAAUAUAGAGGUGUACAGUGUAUGGCAGUAAGUUUGGCUGCCAUGGCAAUGCAUAAGACCAAGAGUGUGUUUUCUUGGCAAACGAGACAUCUGGACAAGGCUGUUGUUUGUGGUGACAAGAUUUACACAUCUUUGCGUGACAAUAACUUGAUUUGUGGUGGGCACACUAUCCCGUGUAUUCCAGAGUUACCAAAGCAGUUAGAUAAAGAUGGCCAUAGUUAUGAUUUUGAGUAUGGUGACUUUGUGACUGGGGAUGUCAAUGUGGUUGAGGGAGAGUUUAUUGAUGCAGGUGUGUGCACAACUCUCAAGGACGGUUUGGAAAAGAUGUGUAUGGAAUAUGACACAUGCUUUUUCACAUUGUUAUCCCGUACUUGUGGGAUUAUUAGGGAAGGGGAACGGUUUGCUGUUGUUGACUCUCAUGCACGCAGUGCAGAUGGGAUGGUGCAUCCCAACGGAAAGAGUGUUGUUGUGUAUUUUAGUAGUCUUGAACACUUGAUUCAGCAUGUUAGCUGUUUUGCUGCAGGAUUCAGAGGGACACAGAAGUUGUUUGAGAUUGCUGGUGUUCGUGUCACUGUGAAAGUAGAUGGUGGUGCUAGCCAGUCAUCUUCAGGGAAGAUUGGUGCAAAGCGCAAGGCUACUACAAUGCCUACUCGUACCUCAAAGAGGUUUAAAAGGAGUGACCCAGUUGAUUCAGAUGUAGCAUUUGUUAGUGAGGUUACAGUUAAGGAGUUGGUGUUUAACCCUGUUCGUAAUGAUGUAGCUCGAACUUUAUGUGACAAAUUACAUGUUGAGUCAGAGAAAGUCGACGAUGUGUUUUCAAUAGUUGGUGUGUUGGGGGCUCCGUGCAAAAAGGACACAAUAGUUGGUGAUGGCAACUGUUUUUUUAGAUCAGUCAGUCAAGCUGUGUGUGGUUCACAAAAGAAUCACAGGAAAAUUAGAUUAGCUGUAGUUAAACAAUUAGAAGAUAAUGCUGUAGCCUAUGAGAGCAUUUUGAGAAGUGAGUUCUCGUCAGUGUCAGAUUAUGUCAUUAAGUCAAGGAUGCGUUAUGUCGGCAGUUGGGCGACAGAGGUUGAGAUUCAAGCAGCAGCAGAUUGUUUAGGAGUUUCCAUUUUCACUUACAUUGGUGAUCGCUGGCUUGAAUAUAGUUGUAAGAAUAGGCAGUUUUCCAGUCAGGCAGUGUACUUAGAUAAUGUAAAUGGUAACCACUAUGAGACUGUUGUUUGUGUUCAUCAGCCACAGUCACAGUUUUGUUAUGGUUACUGCAAAGUAGGUGAGGGUACAAAAGGCUACAAUCUUAGACAUCAUAGUAAAGUAGAGGCACAGGCAACAGCUAGAAUGUGUACUUCUAAUGUAAACUAUAAUUUUUCUAAUUAUUUGAAAAGGAAAAAGUGGUUCAAAAAUAAAAUUCAAUGUAGAGACAAUGUGUUAGAGAAGUUGAAACAUCAGAAACGUUCUAAAGUAAAAUACAUGCAAGAUGUCAGCUAUAGAGAUAAGAAGAAAGGGUCAAAUAAAGUAAAGUAUACACAAGAUGUUAGCUAUAGAGAGAAAAAGAAAGGGUCAGAUAAAGUAAAGUAUACACAAGAUGUUAGCUAUAGAGAGAAAAAAAAAGGGUCAAAUAAAGUAAAGUAUACACAAGAUGUUAGCUAUAGAGAGAAAAAGAAAGGUUCAGAUAAAGUAAAGUAUACACAAGAUAUUAGCUAUAGAGAGAAAAAGAAACAGAUGAGCAAAAAUAAGUACUGUUUAAAUGUCAGCUACAGACAGAAGAAAAAAAGUAGUAGUGUAAGGAAGUACCAAAGUAAUCCACAGUUUCAGGAGACUGUUACAGCAGGGAGCAAAGUGAAAAGGCAGCUAUUGAAAGACCAGGCAGUAGAUUUUGAUUAUGUGAUGGAGCAGUUUCUGUCUAAAGUUACAGAUGGACCACAUUUUGUGUGUUCUGUUUGUCAAAGGUUGUUGUUUAAAAAGCAGGUUUUGAAUUGUAAAAUAAGUAAUUAUAACAAGAGUGCAGACAUGGCGUUAAUUGCGGAGAAAUGUAUUUCAGAGGAGUAUUUACAUAAAUGUAAUGAGAACUGUGCAACUUCAUGUCAGUUGUUGGAUUCCCCUAGGGGACACUUGUGGAUUUGUUAUAAUUGUAAUUCUAAGAUAAAUAGAGAAGAGAUUCCUCCUGAGUGUGUUGUCAAUAAUUUAGGUGUCCAUGCUGUGCCUCCUGAAUUGGCUUGUUUAAAUAGUUUAGAGCAACAUUUGAUUGCAUUGCAUAUCCCAUUUAUGAAGGUUUUGGCAUUGCCUAAAGGAGGACAAAAUGGUGUUCAUGGACCGGUGACGUGUGUUCCAGCAAAUAUUGUAGAGACAAAUAAUUUGCUUCCUCGUUCCAAUAUGGAGGGGUCUUUGUUGCGUGUCAAACUGAAGCGAAAGCUAACAUACAAAGGACAUUAUGAGUAUCAGUUUGUUGACCCAAUGCGCAUAAGGCAGGCUUUGUUGUAUUUAAAACAGAAUAACAUGUAUUAUAAAGAUGUAGAUUUUAAUGAAGACUGGUUGAAUGAGUUUUGUCGGGAACAAGAGCUUGAUAGUUUAGUACAGGAAAGUGAUGGUAAUUUAGAAAAGAAUGAAACACCUACUGAGGUGGAUGAAUGUGAGGAUGAGCUGUUGCAUGACAGGCAGCAACACUGUAUGUUUCAGGACACUUGUCUUAUGCCUGUAGAUAUUGGUCAGGAAGCGCUAGAUCAGUAUUUUGAGGGUGUUUUGAAUGUGGCUCCAGCAGAAGGUAACAACCCUGUGAAGUUACUUUCUAAUCGUGAAAAUGAAGCAAAGUGUUUUCCAGUGUUGUUUCCACAUGGACAUUCUGUGUUUCAUGACAACAGAGAGCAACGUUUGACAUUGUCGCGUUAUUUUAAUAAUCGGAUUCUCCAUGCUGAUGGCAGGUUUGCUCAGAAUGUGGAGUAUAUAUUUUUCGCACAGUACAUGUCAGAAUUGGAGCAGGUUGUGUCAAAUGUGUCCAUAGCUUUGAGGAAAGGCAAAGGAAGUCAUGUUCCUAAAAGAGUUAGAGAUGUGGUGAAUAAUGAGGAGUCUUUAAGGAAGUUGUUAGAGUUUGAUGAUGGUUAUCGUUUCCUUAAGCCUAUUAGAGGCACUCCUUCAUUUUGGCAGGCAGCGCAGCGUGAUUUACUUGCCUGUGUUCGGCAGCUUGGUGUACCCACGUGGUUUUGUUCAUUUUCUGCAGCAGACAUGCGCUGGACAAACUUACUCGGUAGUAUUUUGAAACAGGAAGGGAGAGAACAGCCAGCCGAAGAGUUAGAAUGGGCAGACAAAUGCGAGUUGUUGCGUCGUAAUCCUGUAACUGCGGCGAGAAUGUUUGAUUUUCGAUGGCAUUGUUUUUUGAGGGAGGUCCUUAUGUCUCCCUCAAACCCUAUUGGUAAAAUCAAGGACUAUUUUUAUCGUGUUGAAUUUCAGCAGCGCGGGUCUCCACAUGUUCAUUGCCUGUUUUGGAUCGAGAAUGCCCCCUUAAUUGACAAAAACACAGAUGAAGAGGUAGUUGAAUUUAUUGACAAAUAUGUUACAUGUGAACUACCCUCUGAUGAUGACACAUUAUUGGACAUUGUGUCAUCUGUGCAGAUGCAUUCAAAGCGCCACUCAAAAACAUGUAAAAAGAAAAACACAGUUUGUCGUUUCAAUUUUCCAAGACCAGCAUCUGCACAAACAUUUAUUAGUCGUCUUAAAGUAGAUGAGGAGAUAGUAGAAUGUAGUUGUAAAAAAACUGAUUCAACAGAGACUGUGUGUUUCAAUUGUAAAGAGAGUGAUUUUAAAGAAAGAAAGGCGCGUAAAGUAAGGGCUCAUGACAUUUUGGAAGCAAUUAAGAAAGCACUCUCUGAUGAAAAUCAGAGCUUUGAUACAGUGGAACAGUUGUUUGAAAGUUUAAAUGUAACUCAGGAAGCAUUUGAAGAUGCAUUCAAUCGAACAACUACAGGUACCAAAGUAGUGUUAAAGAGGCAGGUGAAAGAGGCUUGGGUUAAUCAGUAUAGUGAGCAGCUUUUAAAAUGUUGGAAUGCUAACAUGGACAUCCAGUAUGUGGUGGAUGCCUAUGCAUGUGUUGUGUAUAUCAUUUCAUACAUUUCUAAAGCAGAAAAGGAAAUGGGGUUGUUAUUAUCAAAUGCCCAAAGGGAAGCAGCUAAGGAAGGUAAUGUAAGUGCUAAAGAGGCAUUGAAAAAAUUAGGCGGUGUUUAUUUACAUAACAGGGAUGUGUGUGCUCAGGAAGCAGUUUAUAGGUUAACUAACAUGCAUCUGAAGGAGUGUUCUAGAAAGGUCAUGUUUGUUCCCACAGGGGAAAAUGUAGUUAAGUUGAGUUUACCUUUAAAUGUGUUAAAACAAAGGGCAACUACAGAUGACAUAAACACUGAUGAGAUGUGGAUGACAAGUUUAGUUGACAGAUAUAAGAACAGGCCCAAUGAUAGUACUUUUAAUGACAUGUGUAUUACAACAUUUGCUUCAGAGUAUCGUGUCAUAAGUAAAAACGAAAACUGCAAAACUAAAAUUGCGUUGAGCAACAAUUGUGGUUUUGUCACAAAGAGAGUCCGAACACAACCUGCUGUAGUGCGUUAUGCUCGGUUCUCUGAAACAAAAAAUCCAGAAUUGUUUCAUUUGAGUAGAUUACAGUUGUUCAUGCCAUAUCGUGUUGAUGAUCAGUUAAAACCAGAGGGUUUUGAAACGUUCCAACAGUUUUAUGACAAUGGUAAUGUUGUGUUUUGUGAUGGAUCUGUACAUACAGUAAAGUUAGUUGUUGAUGUGAAUAGGAACAGGUUUGAAGUAGAUGCAGACAUGUUGGAAAACAUCCAGAAUAGGAUUGAUGCAGAUGGUGUUGCAGAAGAUGCAUGGUGUCAGUUGUGUCCAGAACAGGAGUUGGAACGUUUAGAGGCUGUGGAGGAAAUGGCAGAGAGACAGGAAGCAGUGGCAGAACACCAGGAUCAUAUUCCAGAUUUAGCUGUUGAUCGUGAGCAGGUACAACAUUUGGAGAAAAGGAAUAACGUAAUGUGUAGGAGUGAUGGUUUGUUGUUGGUUAGAUCUUUAAAUGAUACACAGAUGCAUGUUUUUUAUCAGAUUCGGCAGUGGUGUUUAAACAAGGUCUCAGGGAAAAAUCCACCUCCUCUACAUGUUUUUAUCACAGGUGGUGCUGGAACUGGUAAAAGUCAUUUAAUCAAAUCUAUUCAAUACGAGUCCAUUCGGUUGUUAUCACCAUUGUGCAGUCAUCCUGACAAUGUGAGUGUUUUAAUAACUGCACCAACAGGUAUUGCUGCAUACAAUCUGAAUGCAGCAACAAUUCACCACACAUUCAGUAUUGGAGUAGAUGUACGCUUACCGUACACUCCACUGGGUGAGGAAAAAAUUAAUUCUCUUCGGGCUAAAUUCAGUGAUCUGCACAUUUUGAUUAUAGAUGAAAUUUCAAUGGUAAAUCCCAAUCUUUUGGCAUAUGUUCACGGUAGAUUACGUCAAAUGAAACAAAGUGGCAACAAGCCAUUUGGAAACAUUUGUGUCAUUGCUGUUGGAGAUUUUUACCAGUUACCUCCAGUAAAAGGAAAACCCCUGUAUGUAGAGGAUUUGAAUAUUGACUUGUGGUCUUUGUUUUCAGUUGUGCAGUUGACAGAAGUAGUCAGGCAGACAGACAGUGUGUUUUCAAAGUUGUUGAACAGAGUUAGGAUUCAUAGAAAAGGGACACCGAUGUUAAAAAGUGAUGUUGAGAUUUUGAAAUGUUGUGAAACUGGUGAAGUCAGCUCAGCUUUACACAUAUAUGCAACAAAUCAACAAGUAAAUGAGCACAAUAUUCAGAGGUUGUAUGCUGUGUGUCCUGACUAUGUCACUAUUGAAGCUCAGGAUUUUCAAAACGAUAGGAGAACAGGAAAACUAAAGUUAAUUGAUGGCCAUCAUGCUAAAGCUAAAAAUACGUAUUUGUCUGAGCGAUUGUUGUUAGGUGAGGGCGCACGUGUGAUGUUGUGUCAAAAUGUUGAUGUGAGUGAUGGCCUGGUGAAUGGUGCAUGUGGUGUUGUAACACGGAUAGUACAAUCAGAGGGUGUUAAGUUUCCAAAAAUGGUUUAUGUGAAAUUUGAUGAUGAGAAUGUAGGUGCAGAGAGGAGGAGACAGUCACCAAGUGUUGUAGCUGAUUUAGUGGGUUCUACAGCUAUUGCUCCAGAAGAGGAGAGAGCUUGUAGAAAAGGCGGCCUGAGACGUCAAUAUCCACUCAAAUUAGCAUGGGCGUGUACAAUCCACAAAGUUCAGGGCAUCACAGUAGAUGAUGUUGUCGUGUGUUUUGAGAAGAUAUUUGCAGCUGGACAGGCAUAUGUUGCUUUAAGUCGAGUCAGGAGUUUGUCAGGCUUGAUCAUUGAACAGUUUGACGAGAAGAAGAUUUAUUGUAGGGGUGACAUUAAUGAUGCUAUUCAGACAAUGUCUCCGUUCUUAGUUGAUAGUUUGACAAAGCAGCGAUUGAGGGCAAGCAGGUUUGGUGUUUAUUUGCUGAAUGUGCAGGGUUUGACUCGACAUGUGCCAGAUUUGGUGCUGUGUACACAGCAGUUACAGCUUAACUGUAUUGCUGUAACUGAAACUUGGUUAGCUGCAUCAUCUUCUGUUGAAUCAGUAAACAUUGAAGGUUAUAGUUUUCAUGGUUGUUCACGCAGUUCAUGCUACAGUAGUGAUGACCCCAGAUUGGUUGCAUUAAAAGAUCAACAACAUGGUGGUGUAGGUGUUUAUAUUACACCAAACACAGGAUGUGAGAUAAUAGAAGUCCCUUCGUUUAAUUUGGAGUGCAUAGUGUCCAAAUUUGCUUCACACCAGCUAGUUAUUGCAGUGUUAUAUCGACCACCGUGUUAUCCCAUGACCUUAUUUAAAGAACAUUUAGGCACAUUUCUUGAUUGGCUAGAUUCACCAAAUGAAACCAUUGCAGUCAUGGGUGAUUUUAAUGAUGAUAUUUUGAAAUCAUCAUCAACAUGUACACUUUUAACAGAAAAAGGUUUUGUUCAAAUUGUAACUGAAGCAACAACAGAGAAGGGUACUUUAAUUGAUCACAUUUACAUUAAACAAGCAGAUAAUGGGGCAGAAUCACUAGUGCUGCCUACAUACUUUAGUGAUCAUGAGGCAGUCCUGUGUUUAUUUAAGUGAUGGCAGUUUAUGUCACCACAUUGUGGCUGCUUGAUCCAACCUGACAACUGUAAUAAUUAAUGUUUGAGUAGUUUUUUUAGUAUCUGAUGGUUAAUUUGUUCCUGGACAUCUGUUACUAAAUAGUGAAUUUAAAUGUGUGAAAUGUGUCAUUGCUCCAUAUUAAGUUGCUAUUGUAUUUGUUGUAUUCUAAAAUGUGUUAUAGCUCCAUAUGAAUUUGCUAUUGCUAUUUGUAGUAUUAUCAAAUGUUGUAUUACUCCAUAUAAUAAUUAAUUAUUAAUUAUAAUUAUUAAUUAUGUAAUUGCUGUUGUAUUUGUUGUAUGUAAUGUGUUAUUGCUCUAUAUGAAUGUGCUGUUG